AUGAAGGCCGAUCUUCUUGCCACCAUCGUCCUCCCACUUGCAGUCUCUGCGCACUUUGGGCUGAACUAUCCUACAUGGAGGGCUGAUUCACUUGCCGAAACUAACGAGUCGAUCUCACAAUGGUCCUACCCUUGUGCCAACGUGCAACCGAUGCAGAACACGUCGUUACAGCGGACGCCUUGGCCUCUCGAAGGAGGUUCAGUCUCACUUGACCUUAACCACCACUGGACUUAUCUAUUCGUCAAUCUCGGCUUCGGUGCUGAGGUCACCAACUUCAAUAUCAGCUUGAAUCCGAAUGGCGGACAAUUGAUAAAUCAGACAGGAAACGGAACGUUCUGCUGGAACCAGCUUCGAGUGCCAAGCAGUGAGCUGCUCGGCCUGACCAUCACCGAGGGACAGGAGGCUAGUAUUCAGGUAGUGACUGUUGGAGACUCGGGCAGUGCCUUGUACAACUGCGCUGAUAUCGUCUUCACAUCGAACGCUACUCUGCUCGCAGCUGACCAGUGCGUCAACAGCACUGGCGUUACAGCACAAAGCGUAGAACUCUCAUCAGCAAGCAACGCAACUGGUUCAAGCCACGGAGACCACAGCGGGACAGCAUCUGGAUCAGCAGCAUCCAGCACGAGCUCUGGUGCAGCAUCUUCUUUGACGGUCUCAAGCUUCAUGGGUCUUCUUGCUGCUGGUGUGUUGGUACUGUAA